AGGGCGCUUGAUGGGGGCAGCGUGUCGCACGCUGCUGUACGGAGCCGGGCGGCCGGGCGCAGGGGCUGCGGGACUCCCCUCCCGGCUCGCGCGAGGACCCGGCUCAGCGCGACCCCCGCUCGCCCCCCGCUCGGCGCUACGGCUGCUCCAGCCCGGCGUUGCAGCAGGCGGUGCAGCGCCCUUCCCCCUCGGCCGGCGCUGGGGCUGGGCCCCGGCCUUCAUCCCCUCGCCUCACUUCCUGUGCGCCGGCCCCGGGGCGGGGCUCGUUCCUUUCACCGCCGCCGCCGACCAGCGCAGCGGCUCCGUGCCCGAGCUCCUCGGGGAACAGCCGGAGGAAAUGCCCGCAGCCGCCCUCCUUGCAGCCGACAGCGAGCCCGAGACCGCCCUGGAAGGCGAGGCCGCCCGGGCGGGCCGGAGGAGGAAGCACAAGGUUAAAAAGGAGAAGAAAUCUAAACGCCGCAAUAAAUCCAAGGAGCUGAAAUCCCAAACAGAGGAAAAUGAGCUAUCUGAAGAUGACCUUGAGCCUCCUAAACCCAAAAAGAAGAAAAAAGUUAAAGAAAAAGUGGAUCUAGAGAUUGAAGAAAACAACCCAGAGGACAAGGUGAAAUCCUCGUCCAUGAGCAAUGGCGUUGUCCACUCAAAAGCUCAGUGUAAUUCCAGCGAAGCAUCAAGUGCGGAAUAUGACAGUGACCAAGAGCCAGUAAAGCAACUGACAGAAGAGGAGAGAGAAGGUGCCUUCUCUAAUUUCUCUAUCUCCAAAGAAACAACUGAGCUUCUUAGAGGUAACUUCUGUGGAGAAGAAAUUUACUAA